AUGAUUUCAUCCACAGUGUCGUUGGUGGCUGCUUCACAUCUUAAAUCAAGAUCGUCUUCCAUAAUGCUAUUGUCGUGUUCCAAGAUUCUCAAGUCUACAAUCUUGAAACUUCUUAUGCCAGCCUCCAGAGAAGGGUCCAUCUGCCAUCAGGCAUGGCCAAGAGUUCCUUUGCUAGAGUCUUUUGUCCCCGUGACUGAGAGAACUCGGAUGAAAUUGUUCAGUUCCUCGUCCUUCGUCAAGCUAUCACUCAUGGCUUCGAAACCCCAACGCCUCCGUCCUCUUGCAGGGACAACACCGGCAAAAAGGCAACGAACGAUUACCUCCAAUUCUUCUGUUUCGGAGAGUACUGACCCAAAUCUCAUGAAAGAUGCGUUCUCCAAAUAUGCCAAUUACCUCAAUGACCUGAGAGACUGUUGGGAAGUUUUUCGAGGUGUACUUCUUCGUUCAAUGUCAUCCUCUCCCAACAAUGGAAAGCUAGCAUCAGCGGAUCCAAGAAGUGGAAUAUACUCUGAUCCUCUAACGUGGACACUAAAGCAAGCUGCAUAA